AUGCAUACCUCUUCCCUUAUCCACGGCCUGGUGAUUGCCUUCUCUCUGGCGACUUCAUCCUCGGCUCUGGGCAUCAACUGUCGCGGAUCCGCAAACUGCAACACUUUCGGCGACAAUCAGGUCGCUGCGCAGCUCAAACAUGCUAUUGACGGCAUUGAUUCCAACAGAUGGUAUCAGAAUGGGCAACAUAUUGCCUGCAUCGGUACUGUCGCUCCCAUCACCGGCAAGGGGGGAUUCUGUGCAUUCCUUCAGAAGACUGGCGGCACCAACGGCGCAGUCAUCAAGAACUUAGCCCAUUAUAUUCCGGAGCACGGAUGCAAAGUCUGCGGCAGUGUGCCAUACUACUACCCUCAAGGCAACAAUAAUGUGGAUGAUGGCGAGCUGACCUUCAACUAUGUGGACAACUCGUGCAGUCAGGACGACGCGAAGCUCUGUUAG